AUGACAUCCUUCCCUGCUAUUGAUGUCCCAGGCUGCUGCAUUCGUGCCAAGACGAUUCAGUGCCUUGUUCACCAAGCGACACUUCAGCGAACAAUUGUCCAACCCAUUCCAGCACCGACGGCUGCCUCAAACACAUUAACAAAGUCUUCAAUUCUCGGAAAUUCCUUUUGGGAUAACGAUUUACAAAUGGAGCGAAGUAUACGGUCAAGUCUUUCGUCGGCUCGGCCUUCCUUUUGUCCACGAAUAAAUUAA